ACAUACAAAGAAAAGAAUAGAUGGGGCAAUCCUGAAAAGGUGGCUUAGAGUUGCUUGAAUUCAUUGCUGGGACCAGUCCUGGGAGGCUGCUCUGAGUUACUUUGGUGUUGGUUUUCUCUGGCCUUCCCUAAGUGUCUACAACCUCAACUGCCUUGCCAAAAUUCCAAGUGCAAACCUUGGGUCCUUGACACAGUGCCCAGCCCAGUACUAUCUGAUCCCAGAGUCAAACACGAUUCUCCUGCAUCUCUGCCCUGAUGUGUCUCCAGGACCAAAUCUAAUAGCGAAGAACUCAUUUUCCUGUAGGGGCGAAAGGAGUAAACCUUGGAAGCUCCUGGAGGGGGCUGCAACUGGUCUAGGCCUGGGAAAACUGGAUGAGCAAGAUUUCCAGACUGAGAAGACAGGAAACAAAGGAAAAGACAGGUGCAAAGGCCUAAGAAGCAGAGCUGGGCACUGAGGGAUGGACACAGACGUAGAAGGAAAGAUUAAGAGCAAGGAUUUCAGUACUUGAGCUGGGGCUUGAGAAAUGGGCGGGUUCCAGUUGCCGGCCUGACGGGAGUGGAUAGUCUUCCCGUCCAUCACUGCAGACCCACCAAUGACGAUGUGCGGAGGCGGGGCCACAGAAAGGGCGGCUAAGAGGGCCCUGGCGCGUGACCAAACGCCUGUGGAUCUGGAUUGGACUGUGCGGGCAUCCGUGGGCUUCCGUGAACCGUUAACUUCGGCGAGCAGAGAACAUGGCGGCUCCCUUUCCCGAGAGCUCAAAACUAUUGCCAAAAUGCUUUGGAGUUUUUAACUGUUUUUGAGAAAAGCCCCAAAUCGAUUUGAGACUGUAACAGCAGAAGCUGCAGCAAGAGGGAUUCAGUGCCAAUGCAUCAACAAAAAAGACAGCCAGAGUUAGUGGAAGGAAAUCUUCCCGUUUUCGUGUUUCCCACGGAGCUAAUAUUUUAUGCAGAUGACCAGUCAACACAUAAACAAGUGUUGACUCUGUAUAAUCCUUAUGAGUUUGCCUUAAAGUUCAAAGUUUUGUGUACUACUCCAAAUAAGUAUGUUGUCGUUGAUGCUGCAGGUGCAGUAAAGCCUCAGUGUUGUGUGGAUAUUGUGAUUCGUCACAGAGACGUUCGAUCCUGUCACUAUGGUGUGAUAGACAAAUUCCGUCUCCAAGUGUCUGAGCAGAGCCAGAGGAAGGCGCUAGGAAGGAAGGAGGUUGUGGCUACUCUCCUCCCGUCGGCAAAAGAACAACAAAAGGAAGAAGAGGAAAAAAGAAUAAAGGAACAUUUAACUGAGAGUUUAUUUUUUGAGCAGUCGUUUCAACCAGAAAACAGAACUGUCUCCUCAGGACCCAGUUUACUGACCGUCUUCCUGGGAGUGGUGUGUAUUGCAGCUCUGAUGCUUCCUACGCUGGGGGACGUGGAAUCGCUGGUGCCUCUCUACCUCCACUUAAGUGUGAAUCAGAAAUUAGUGGCUGCUUAUAUCUUAGGUCUUAUCACAAUGGCUAUACUUAGAACAUGAGCAAGGAAUUCAGUUGACUUCUGAAGUAAAUUUAUCUUGAAAAUAUGAAUGUGGACUGCCUUUUAUCUCUAUUUCACCCCCUUGCCAUGCUACAAACUAUUGAAUGACUUACAAUCAUUGCAAAUGUAUAAUAUAUAUUUUAAAUUACUCUAUAAUUUUAUUCCAAGGACUUCAGGCACAUUAUGUUACAGACAGCAAGGAUGCUUCUGAGUGACACUUAGGAAAUUAUUUGAAGAAAUUCUUUUUAUAUUUAAGCCUAUCCUGCAAAAGACUUUAAUUAAGACACUUGUUAUUUUCUCAUCUUUUUUCUAAUUCACUCUGAUUGUUGAGGUCAUGUGUCCUUCAAAGUUAAAGGCCUAAAAGAGCAAACUGACCAGCCUGAAAAUAAAAUGACAUUUAUUUCCUAGCUGCGAACAUCAAUGUUACUAUGUAAAUUAUACCUUGUCCUCUAGCAUUAUAAGCAGUUGCCAUGGUGUUUCUAAAAUAAGAGUUUUACAGUUAAUGUGUAGAGGGUGAAAAAAGAGGCAUCAAGUCCUGAGGGAUCAUGCUUACCUUAGGGUCUCACAGAAGACAGGCCGUAUUUAAUUCAUCCGGUGAACUACAGAAGAGCUUGUGGUCCAGCCACCAAGAAGCAGGGUGACCAUUUUGUUUGGUCUAAGAAUCCAAAAGGAAGGUAGGCAUUUGGUUCGUUAGUGGGUACACCCUGCCUUUCCCUCUGGAUAAUGCUUUAUGUUGAUAGGAGGAAAAAUCACCUUAACUUGGCUCCUCGGCCCUUUGCCUGCCUGGAAGCUCCUUGUCCAGAGUGGGACUCGCGAUGCCUGGUGAUUUAUGUGGAGGUGAUUUUUCACCUUUAAACUCUAAGCCAAGUUCAAAAGAAAAAACCUUGCUAUCUGUGUCUAUUUUGUAUCAGUCACGGAGACAUUUUUUAAGUUUGUAUUUAUGAUGAAGAUAACUUUACCAAAAAAAGGUCCCUGAAGCACAACUACUUCCAGUUCUUUAUAGCCUCUUCUGAUCUCUAACAUAUAUAUGCAGUUUUACCUGUUAUUGUUAUAGUAACUGGUCUUUUGACUUGGGAUUUUUAUCUUGAGAGCACAAUGCAGCGAGUCUCUUGGAAAUCAUCGUCCAGGUCUUGUUGCAGGAUGCGCUCACGCCCGGCUACCGCGGCGGCCUCCGGGAACACACGCGAACACAGACGUGUAUGCCUGAGGCUGGUGUUUGCAGGAAACAGCAAUUUACUUCUCAUCUAAAAGCUUUUAUGUAUAGUCUUUCAUAGAAAAUCCUCAUUGUGUAACCAUUGGGGGCAUAGAAAUCAUCAAAUGGAUCAUGUCUGUACAUUGUGUGAUGACUGAAAAGCACAUAAAUGUCAGUCUAUUUUGAACUUUGUAAAAAAAAAAAAAACAAAAAACAAAAAACACCUCGAGUUUGAAUGCUA